UUUAUAAAUGCCUUUACUAACAUACCUCUUGUUCAUUGCCUUAGCAGAAAGUAUUUGCUAAAGCUCUGUACUGCCCAGGAAAUUGGAGGUACAAACUCCAUGUGCAAGAGGGGAUAAAUCAGUGGAUCCAGAUUCAGGACUGAGGAAACCUAGUGCUCUUAAUUCCCCCCUCAAAGGCUUUCUUCUGAAAACAAGGAUUCCUGCUCCAGAAACAUAUGUGUAUUGUGCAAAUGGCCUCAGAAAUCAACAUGCCAGGCCCAGUGUGUCUCAUUGAGAAUUCUGAUCAGCAGUUGGUGGCCAACCAGGAAGCACUGGACAUCCUGUCUGCUAUCAAGCAGCCUAUGGUGGUGGUAGCAAUUGUUGGUCUUUACCGCACAGGAAAAUCCUACCUGAUGAACAAACUGGCUGGAAAGCAGAAAGGCUUCUCUCUGGGCUCCACAGUGCAGUCUCACACCAAGGGGAUCUGGAUGUGGUGUGUGCCUCAUCCUCAAAAGGCAGACCACACCCUAGUUCUGCUGGAUACUGAGGGCUUGAGAGACGUAGAAAAGGGAGACAACCAGAAUGACUGCUGGAUCUUUGCCUUGGCGGUCCUCCUCAGCAGCACCUUCAUCUACAACAGCAUAGGAACCAUCAACCAGCAGGCCAUGGACCAACUGCACUAUGUGACAGAACUGGCUGAUCUAAUCAAAGCAAAGUCAUCACCUGAUGAGUGUGGCAUAGCUGACUCAGCUAACUUUGUGGGCUUCUUUCCAGUCUUUGUGUGGACUCUGAGGGAUUUCUCCCUGGAGUUGGAAGUUAAUGGAGAGUCUGUCUCUCCUGAUGAGUACCUGGAGAGUUCAUUGGCUCUGAUAGAAGGAACUGAUAAGAAACAUAAAAACUUAAAUGAGUCUCGGCUAUGCAUCAGAAAGUUCUUUCCAAAGAGGAAGUGCUUCAUCUUUGACAGGCCUGCUCAGAGUAAGUAUCUUUCCAAACUGGAGACAAUUCCAGAGGAAGAUCUGAGUGAAGAAUUUGUAAAACAAGUUGGAGAAUUCACCUCAUACAUCUUCAGCUCUGCCAAUGUCAAGACUCUGUCUGGUGGCAUCAUAGUCAAUGGGCCACGUCUACAUAGCCUGGUAGUGACCUAUGUCAAUGCCAUCCACAGUGGAGAACUACCCUGCAUGGAGAAUGCUGUUCUGGCUUUGGCCCAGAUAGAGAACUCAGCUGCAGUGCAAAAGGCCAUUGAGCACUAUGAAGAACAGAUAAAACAAAAGGUCCAGCUGCCCACGGAAACCCUCCAAGAGCUUCUUGACUUGCUCAGGCCUAUUGAGAGAGAGGCCAUUGAGGUCUUUAUGAAGAAUUCUUUCAAGGAUAUAUACCAAAAGUUCCAGAAAAAAUUAAGUGAUCUGUUGGAUGCCAGGCGAGAUGCAGUUGUUAAGAAAAACAUGGAAAUGUCAUCAGCUCAUUGCUUAGAUUUGCUGCAGGAUAUCUUUGGUCCUCUGGAAGAAGAAGUGAAACAGGGAACAUUUUCUAAACCAGGAGGUUACUAUUUCUUUCUUCAAAGGAAACAAGAGCUGGAGAAAAAGUAUAACCAGGCACUUGGGAAAGGGCUUCAGGCUAAAAAGAUGCUGAAAGCGUACUUUGAGUCCAAGAAGGGUGUUGCUGAAACACUUCUAAAGAUGGAUCAGUCACUCACAGAAAAGGAAAAGGAGAUUGAAGAGGAACGUUUAAAGGCUGAAGCUGCUGAAGCUUCAGACAGGGAACCGAGAGCAAUGCAAAUAAUGGAUGUUCUAAUGUUGAAAGAGAAGGAAAACAGCUUCAACGAGCAUAUGAAGCAGCUUCAGAAGAAGAUGCAGCAGGAGCGGGAACAAUUAAUGACUGAGCAACAAAACCUUGUAUGCCUCAAACUUAAGGAAAAAUUUCUCAAGGAAGGAUUUCAAAAAGGGAGCAAGAAACUUCUUGAAUGGAGAAAAUCAAGAGCAGAAUGUCAUCAUCAUUCUCCAUGCUCUAAACUUCAAACCAACUAAACCUCUGUACCCAGGUCUGACAUCAAGAAAUUUUCUACGGGGUCAACUUUGUACCAUGAAGCAACUUGACACUGAACUAUACUUGAAACUAUGGUGCUCUAUUGGGAGGAGGAUCGAAAUAAAAUUAACAAAGUAAAGUUUAAGUAUAAAAAUAGUGUUUUGCUUAUUAAGUGAAUCAGUUCAUAUUUAUUUUAUACCUAAAGAGUAAUGUUAUCUUUAAUUGGAUCUUAUAUUUGAAAUCAUAAAUAUGGACUACACAGAGAUAUUAAA